CACCUGUCAGACUUGUUAACCUCUCAAUCUUGUCUUUCCUUCGAUUCCAUCGGAUAAUCCAGAGAUCAGAUCAGCUCCACCACCACCACGUUUGAUCGACCAACGCGACUCCAUCAGUUUAUUGAUUCGAUCUUCGCCGCUGAUAACAGACCGUGAAUCGUUUCCUUGAUCGUCCAUAGCUUCAGCUCCGGAGUGACUUUCCGUUCACGAAAUCCCCGAUUGAUCAUCAUCGUACACACACAAAAGAUCGGGAGAUUGAUGGUGAAAACUCCGUGCAGAAGAGAAUGAUUUCGGGAAUUCUGCAUGAAAUUCCUUUGGGCGUUCCUUAGUGUUCCUUCUCUUGACUUUCUUUCAGUUUCUUCAAUCCUCCCUCUUCUCUGAUUUUGCUGCUGAUAACUUCUUAAAAGGCAAGCAGUUAUCUAUGAAGAUGGGUUUUGGAGUGGGCUGCUGUGCUAAGGUUAAAACUGAGCCUCCCGAAAUCAAAUCUUUCAUCAAUGCUGUUACUGCGGUUCCUCUCGACCAAAUACAUGAACCCCUUUCAUCUUUUCGCUGGGAAUUCGGCAAGGGUGACUUCCAUCAUUGGGUGGAUCUCUUCAAUCACUUUGACACAUAUUUUGAGAAGCACAUAAAAGGCAGGAAGGAUCUGCAUAUUGAGGAAGACUUUGAGGAAUCUGGUCCUUCUUUUCCAAAAGAUGCUGUUCUUCAAGUUCUCCGAGUCAUUAGAAUUGUCUUAGAGAAUUGCACAAACAAACAUUUUUACAGUUCCUAUGAGCAACAUCUUUCUCUUCUGCUUGCGUCUACUGAUGCAGAUGUCGUUGAAGCCUGUCUGCAGACGCUGGCUGCCUUUUUGAAGAGGCAGAUUGGAAAAUACUCCAUAAGAGAUGCUUCUCUGAAUUCAAAACUGUUUUCCCUUGCACAAGGAUGGGGAGGAAAAGAGGAAGGUCUUGGCUUGACAUCAUGUGCUACAGAAAAUAGUUGCGAUCAGGUUUCUCACCAGCUAGGGUGUACUCUUCAUUUUGAGUUUUAUGCUUGUAAUGAAUUAAGUGAACUUCCGGGGGGUUUGCAAGUAAUCCAUGUACCUGAUGUCAGCUUGCGUGCAGAGUCUGACGUUGAACUACUGAACAAAUUAGUCAUUGAUCAUAAUGUUCCUCCCAGUUUAAGGUUUGCCUUGUUGACCAGAUUGAGAUUUGCAAGAGCGUUCCCAUCUUUGUCAACCCGGCAGCAGUUUACAUGCAUUCGCUUAUACGCUGUCAUUGUCUUGGUUCAAGCAAGUGGCGACACUGAGAAUGUUGUUUCUUUCUUCAAUGGAGAACCUGAGUUUGUAAAUGAGUUAGUUACAAUGGUGAGCUAUGAGGAUACUGUUCCAGAGAGAAUAAGGAUACUAUGCUUGCUUUCCUUGGUUGCACUAUCGCAAGAUCGAACGCGGCAGCCAACUGUUUUGAUUGCAGUCACCUCUGGCGGGCAUCGUGGUUUGCUAUCUGGCCUUAUGCAGAAAGCGAUUGACUCUGUUAUUCGUAAUACUUCCAAGUUGUCUCUGGCUUUUGCGGAAGCCUUGUUAUCCCUCGUUACAGUCUUGGUUUCAUCAUCUUCUGGAUGUUCAGCCAUGCGAGAAGCUGGUCUUAUUCCGACCUUAGUGCCUCUCAUCAAAGAUACAGAUCCCCAGCAUUUGCAUCUGGUCAGUACCGCUGUGCAUAUACUAGAAGCCUUUAUGGAUUACAGCAAUCCAGCCGCUGCUUUGUUCAGAGAUUUGGGUGGCUUAGAUGAUACGAUCUUUCGGUUGAAAUUGGAAGUCUCUCGUACUGAAGACGAUGCAAAAGACAAAAAUUGCAAUCCAGACAGUAAUGGGAGGUAUUCACAUAGUCUUGGUAGUUCUCUUAAUCGUUCUGAUGCUGAACAGCUUCCUUAUUCUGAAUCAUUUAUUUUGUAUCACAGGAAAUUGCUGUUAAAAGCGUUGUUACGUGCAAUAUCUCUUGGAACUUAUGCUCCCGGUAACACUAACCUCUAUGGUUCCGAGGAGAGCUUGUUGCCUGAGUGCUUAUGCAUUAUCUUCCGAAGAGCAAAAGAUUUUGGGGGUGGAGUAUUCUCGCUUGCUGCCACUGUCAUGAGUGAUCUCAUUCAUAAAGAUCCCACUUGUUUCAAUGCUUUAGACUCGGCUGGGUUAACUUCUGCCUUUCUGGAUGCUAUAUGUGAUGAGGUCAUCUGCUCCGCAGAAGCCAUAACUUGCAUUCCGCAGUGUCUGGAUGCUCUGUGUCUCAACAGUAGCGGUCUUCAAGCUGUAAAGGACCAAAACGCAUUGAGGUGUUUUAUCAAAAUUUUUACUUCGCCAUCAUAUCUGCGGGCACUUACUGGCGAUACACCUGGUUCUUUGUCAAGUGGGCUUGAUGAACUCCUUAGACACCAAUCUUCGUUGCGCACUUAUGGAGUGGAUAUGUUCAUAGAAAUCCUGAACUCCAUAUUGAUUAUUGGAUCUGGGAUGGAUGCCACCACUUCUGUUUCAGCAAACGUGGCUAUUGAUGCUGCUACCGUUCCGAUGGAAAUUGACGCAGAUGAGAAGAGCUUGGCGGUUCCAUAUGAGGCGGAACCAUCUUCUGAUAUUGCUUCAGCAAACAUUGAGUUGUUUCUUCCAGAUUGUGUAUGUAAUGUUGCUCGGCUAUUUGAAACAGUUCUUCAAAAUGCUGAAGUAUGUUCACUUUUUGUUGAGAAGAAAGGAAUUGAUGCUGUUUUGCAGCUAUUCUGUUUACCUCUUAUGCCUCUGUCAGCCUCUCUUGGUCAAGGUUUCUCUGUUGCUUUUAAGAAGUUCUCCCCUCAGCACUCUGCUGGUCUUUCCCGGACAGUGUGCUCCUACCUACGAGAACAUCUGAAUAGCACCAAUGACCUUUUGCUUGCCAUUAAAGGAACUCAGCUUCUUAAGUUAGAGUCUGCGGUCCAGAUGAAGAUUUUGAGAUCCCUUUCUUGCCUAGAAAGCAUGUUGUCUCUCUCCAACUUUUUGUUGAAAGGAACGUCUUCGGCUAUCUCGGAAUUAAGUGCUGCUGAUGCUGAUGUACUGAAAGCACUUGGUAUAACAUACAAAGAAAUGAUUUGGCAGAUGGCUUUAAGUGGUGAUACCCAGGAUGACGAAACAAAAAGUGUUGAUGGAGGACCUGAUAAUUCAGUUUCAGCAUCAUCAAGUACUACUGAAAGAGAGAAUGAUGAGGACUCAAGCAAUGCUUCAACAGUUAGAUGCAGGAACCCUGUAUCCAUUAGAAGCAGUAGCUCUCAGUCCAUUUGGCGUGGGGAUCGUGAAUAUAUGUCCGUUGUGCGUGCUGGCGAAGGUAUUCAUGGUCGUACACGACAUGCAGUAGCCCGAAUGAGGGGUGGGAGAGCUCGUCGACACCUGGAGCCUUUUAAUUUUGAUUCUGAGAUUCCACUUGAUCUACCAGAAACGUCAUCUUCCCAUGAGCUGAAUAAGAAAAGCACUGAAGUUCUCGUUGUUGAAAUUUUGGACAGGCUGAAUAGUACCCUACGUUAUUUUUUCACUGCCCUUGUGAAAGGAUUCACUUCUUCUAAUCGUCGCAGAAUUGAUGGAGCACCAUUGAGUUCAGCAUCUAAGACGCUUGGUACUGCCCUAGCUAAAGUAUUUCUUGAAGCUCUCAACUUCGUGGGGUAUAGUGUUACUACUGGGCUUGACAGCUCUCUGUCCGUAAAAUGCAAAUGCCGGUACCUUGGAAAAGUGGUUGAUGACAUGACUUCACUAACAUUUGAUUCUCGAAGAAGGGUAUGCUUCACAGCUAUGGUAAAUAGUUUUUACGUCCAUGGAACAUUUAAGCAACUUCUCACCACAUUUGAAGCAACAAGCCAGUUGCUUUGGACAGUGCUGUUUUCUAUUCCUGCAUCUGGAACUGAGAAUGAGAAACCCGGUGAAAGGAACACAUGGUCUCACAGUGCGUGGCUGGUGGAUACUCUACAAAACUAUUGCCGAGCACUGGACUAUUUUGUUAACUCUACAGUUCUUUUAUCUCCAGCCCCCACUUCUCAAACGCAACUCCUUGUCCAGCAAGAGCAAGCUUCAAUUGGUUUGUCGAUCGGACUUUUUCCUGUACCAAGGGAACCCGAGACUUUCGUGCGAGUUCUGCAGUCUCAGGUCCUGGAUGUCAUAUUACCUGUAUGGAACCAUCCUAUGUUUCCCAAUUGCAAUCCUAGUUUUGUGGCUUCAGUUACCUCCCUUGUUACACAUAUAUACUCGGGUGUUGUGGAUGCUACACAAAAUCGAGGUGGUGUUACCCGGGGUACAAACCAAAGAGCCUUGCCCCUACAGCCUGAUGAAAACAUUGUUGGUACAAUUGUUGAAAUGGGAUUUUCAAGGUCAAGAGCAGAAGACGCGUUAAGAAGAGUUGGAACAAACAAUGUUGAAAUGGCUAUGGAGUGGUUGGUUACCAAUCCUGAGGAUCCUGUGCAAGAAGAUAAUGAGCUGGCUCAAGCACUGGCACUAUCUCUUGGCAAUGCAUCUGAAACUCCAAAACUUGAUGGUUCAGAAAAAUUAGUAGAUGUUCUGCCGGAAGAAUUGGUUCCAAAAAAACCAUCUAGUGAUGAAGUUAUUGCUGCAUCAGUGAAGUUAUUUCAGAGUGAUGAUUCUAUGGCUUUUCCACUGAUGGAUUUGUUUGUAACACUCUGUAGCCGAAACAAAGGAGAGGAUCGACCGAAAAUCAUUUCUUAUCUUAUUCAGCAAUUGAAGCUAGUACAACUUGAUUUCUCCAAGGAUGCUGGUGCGUUGACUAUGAUACCACACAUUCUAGCAUUAGUUCUCUCAGAGGAUGAUCACACCAGAGAAAUUGCUGCACAGGAUGGUAUUGUGACUGUAGUAAUUGAUAUCUUAACAGAGUUCAAGCUAAAGAGUGAAUCUGGAAUUAAGAUUCUGGCUCCAAAAUGCAUUAGUGCUUUGCUUCUUAUCUUGAGCAUGAUGUUGCAGGCACAGACUAGAAUCUCGUCUGAAAGUGUGGAAGAAAAUCAACGUGGAUCUUUAAAGCUAAGCGGUUGUCAGCAAGACUCAGCAGCUUUAAAGAAAGCGUUAUCUUUUGAUGUUGCUAACGGGGAUUCAAAUGAGGCCUUGGAAUCAAUUUUUGGAAAAUCUACAGGCUAUCUGGCCAUGGAAGAGGGUCGAAAAGCUCUACUAAUCGCAUGUGGCCUUAUAAAGCAGUGUGUUCCAGCAAUGAUCAUGCAGGCUGCUCUUCAGUUAUGUGCUCGUCUAACAAAAUCUCAUGCUUUAGCUAUCCAGUUUCUGGAAAAUGGAGGCUUAUCUUCACUUUUUAAUCUUCCCAAAAAUUGCUUUUUCCCUGGGUAUGAUACUUUUGCGUCUGUUAUCGUACGGCAUCUGGUUGAAGAUCCACAAACACUCCAAAUUGCCAUGGAAUCAGAAAUACGACAGACCUUGUGUGGGAAGAGACAUAUAGGUAAGAUAUUACCUCUGACAUUUCUGACAACAAUGGCACCGGUAAUAUCAAGAGAUCCUGUGGUGUUUAUGAAAGCUGUGGCUUCUACUUGUCUGCUUGAGUCAUCAGGAGGGAGGGACUUUGUGAUACUGUCGAAGGAAAAAGAAAAGCCAAAAGUUUCUGGCAGUGACCAUGGGUUAUCUUUGAACGAACCCCUUGGAAUAUCUGAAAAUAAGCUUCAUGAUGGGUCCGGGAAAUGUUCAAAAAGCCACAGAAGAGUCUCUCCUAACUUCGUUCAAGUUAUCGAUCAGCUUAUUGACAUUGUCUUAAGUUUUCCUGGGGUGAAGAGGCAUGCAGAUGUUGAAACUGGUUUAAUCUCGAUGGAGGUCGAUGAGCCAGCAAUUAAAGUAAAGGGUAAAUCAAAAGUUGGUGAUCCGGAGAAGGCAGAACUUGGAUCUGAAAAAUCUGAAGAAUUGGCCAGGGUAACAUUUAUAUUGAAGUUGUUGAGUGAUAUUGUUCUCAUGUACUUGCAUGGUGCCGGUGUCAUACUGAGACAGGAUACAGAGAUAUCUCAGCUUCGGGGAACCAAUCUGCAUGAUGAUUCUCCUGGCAAUGGAGGGUUAAUCUACCAUGUCAUUCAUCGAUUGCUUCCUAUAUCUCUCGAAAAGCUUGUUGGACCUGAAGAAUGGAAGGAGAAGUUGUCUGAAAAAGCGUCUUGGUUUCUGGUCGUUUUGUGCAGCCGUUCCAGUGAAGGACGUAGAAGAAUAAUCAGUGAGCUUUUGAGAGUUUUAUCUGGGUUUGCUUUAUUGGGAAAGAGUUCUAGUCAAAGUGUUCUGUUGCCUGAUAAAAGAGUUCUUGCUUUUGCCAACCUGGUUUAUUCGAUCUUAAUGAAGAAUUCUUCUUCCAGCAACUUACCUGGUUGUGGUUGCUCACCUGAUGUUGCAAAGAGCAUGAUAGAUGGGGGAACUAUCCAAUGUCUGACCAGCAUUCUUCACGUGAUUGAUCUUGACCACCCUGAUGCUCCAAAGCUUGUCACACUUAUUCUCAAGUCUCUCGAGACACUGACGAGGGCUGCAAAUACUGCCGAGCAGCUAAAAUCAGAAGGACCAGACGGGAAAAGGAACACAGAUUCUAAUGAGAGACAUGACAGUCUUGGAACUCCAACUGAGGCUGAAGCCGAUGUGCCAAACCAGAACAAUGGCUGUCUACAGCAAGUAACUGAUGCAGCAGAGAAUGGACAAGAGUUGUCUCAAGUUUCUUCUCAAAGCGAAGGUGAAAGGGGUUUGAGUCGAACCCAAGUUAUGCCUCAGGAGAUGAGGAUAGAAGGCGAGGCGGCGACAGCGGCUACACUGCCUGAACCUAUUCAGAUGGAUUUCAUGCGAGAAGAGAUUGAGGGUGAUCAAAUCGAAAUGAGUUUUCAUGUUGAAAAUAGGGACGAAGAUGAUGGAGAUGAUGACAUGGGAGACGAAGGGGAGGAUGAUGAGGAUGCAGAUUUAGUGGAAGAUGGAGCUGGUGUUAUGUCUCUUGCUGGAACUGAUGUGGAAGACCCUGAAGAUACUGGCCUUCAAGAUGAAUAUAAUGAUGACAUGAUUGACGAAGAUGAGGAUGAUUUCCAUGAGAAUCGUGUAAUAGAGGUGCGGUGGAGGGAAGCUCUUGAUGGGCUAGACCACUUUCAAAUUCUUGGGAGAUCUGGUGGUGGAAACGGUUUUAUUGAUGAUAUUACAGCGGAGCCGUUUGAAGGAGUGAAUGUGGACGAUCUGUUUGCUCUGCGGAGACCCUUGGGUUUUGAGCGUAGACGUCAAACAGGCAGAUCUUUUGAUCGAUCUGCUUCAGAAGUACAUGGCUUUCAGCAUCCGCUCUUCUCGAGACCUUUGCAAACUAACAAUACAGCCUCAGUUUCAGCAAGUGCUGGCAGUUUACCCAGACAAUCAGAAGCGGGAAACUAUGAUGUAGCACAGUUUUACAUGUUUGAUACACCAGUCUUACCGUUUGAUCAAGUACCAGGCAAUCCUUUCAGUGAUCGUUCAGGAGGUAGUUUGGCACCUCCUCCUUUGACUGACUAUUCUGUUUUGGGUAUGGAUUCAUCAAGAAGAGGGGUUGGUGACAGUCGUUGGACUGAUAUAGGUCAUCCUCAGCCAAGUAGCCAAUCUGCGUCGAUUGCCCAGUUGAUAGAAGAACAUUUUAUUUCCAACCUUCGAGUUUGUGCUCCAGCAGAUACUAUUGUCGAAAGGGAAAUAAAUAGCACAGAAGUCCAAGAGCAGCAGCAUCAUCCAUCUGUUGAAAGCGAAACCGUUUUGGGAGAUAGUAAUGACGCGGGUCAACAGAACGAAGCGCCUGAACUGUUGAAUAACCAUGACAAUGUCAAUAACCCACCUGGUGUAACAGCUGGAAGUAUCUCGCAAGAUCAAGCUAAUCUAGCUUCUCCUGUCGUCCAAGAUGCAGGUGAAUGUCCACCGGAGCAUGAACUUAUGCAGCCUCUUCCUCUGAACAGUACACUAAAUGAGAAUGACGGAAUGGAAGUUGGGGAAGGUGAUGGAGUACCUAAUGAGCAAGCAGGCCUCGAAGCAGUGAAUCAUGUCUCCACUGCCGAGGAUCAAUCUGAUACGUAUAGUAUUCAAAACGUGUCUGGUACGGGGAUGCCUCUUCCAGUAAAUGAUCCUAAUUCUAAUUGCCAACCAAGUGUGGAUGUAGAUAUGAGUAGUGAUGAUGUAGAGGGAAAUCACAGUGUGGAACCUUCACUCUUGGCUCGUGACAACAAUGAGCUCUUAUCCAUGGAAGCUACACAAGAUGCAAGGAAUGAUGUACAAGUUGCUGAAGGUAGCUUGGACGGUGGGGCACCUGGAGAAAAUUCCAUUGAUCCUACCUUUUUGGAUGCGCUCCCUGAAGAUUUGCGGGCAGAAGUCCUUGCUUCCCAGCAAGCUCAGUCUGUCCAGCCUCCAACUUAUGAACCCCCUGCAGUAGACGACAUAGAUCCUGAAUUUUUGGCAGCCCUUCCCCCAGAUAUCCAAACCGAAGUUCUUGCUCAACAAAGAGCCCAAAGGAUGGUACAACAGUCACAAGGACAACCAGUUGACAUGGAUAACGCCUCAAUUAUUGCUACUCUACCUGCUGAUUUGCGUGAAGAGGUUCUCUUAACUUCUUCGGAAGCAGUUUUGGCAGCUUUGCCUUCACCUUUGCUUGCGGAAGCGCGGAUGCUCAGAGACCGAGCAAUGAGUCACUAUCAGGCUCGUAAUCUUUUUGGAAGUAGCCAUAGGCUGAGUAAUCGAAGGAAUGGUUUGGGUUACAAUAGACUGACGGGUAUGGACAGGGGUGUUGGAGUCAGUAUUGGUCAGAGGAAUGUUUCAUCUUCUGCAGAUGGCUCGAGAGUAAAAGAGAUGGAAGGAACACCUCUUGUGGAUGCUGAUGCUUUGAAAUCUCUUAUUAGGCUACUACGACUUGCACAGCCGCUAGGGAAAGGCCUUCUGCAGAGACUUCUAUUAAAUCUAUGUGCUCACAGUGUUACAAGAGCAAACUUGGUUCAGAUUUUAUUGGAUAUGAUUAGGCCAGAGAUGGAUACAUCACCGAGCGAGUUGGCGAUAAGUAAUCCGCAACGACUCUAUGGAUGUCAAUCAAAUGUUGUUUAUGGACGAUCCCAGCUGUUGAAUGGUCUUCCUCCUUUAGUAUUCCGUCGGGUGCUUGAGGUUUUGACCUAUUUGGCUACGAAUCAUUCGGCUGUUGCUGACAUGUUAUUUUACUUUGAUUCGUCACUGCUGUCCCAGAAACCCACUGUCUGUGAAGGCAAGGGUAAGGAGAAAGCUACUCAUGCGACAGACACUCAGAAUCUGGAGAUACCUCUGGUUGUCUUCCUAAAAUUGCUUAAUCGGCCUCAGCUUUUGCAAAGUACAUCUCAUCUAGCACUGGUCAUGGGUUUACUGCAAGUAAUUGUCUACACAGCAGCAUCCCGAAUUGAGGGUUGGUCUCCGUCCUCAGGAAUACCUGAGAAAUCAGAGAAGAAUCCGGUUGGGGAAGAAGCUUCGAUUGAAACACAAAAAGAUGCAGAACCUGAGUUACUGGGUGAUGCUGAGCUAUCUGUGGAAAGUAGGAAGAACUGUACUGAUAUAUAUAACAUAUUCCUUCAGUUGCCAGAGUCAGAUCUCUGCAAUCUUUGCCUUCUACUUGGAUAUGAAGGGUUAUCGGAUAAAAUUUACUCAUUAGCAGGAGAGGUAUUAAAGAAGCUGGCUGCCAUAGAUGUGGCCCAUCGCAAGUUUUUCACAAAAGAACUCUCACAAUUGGCAAGUGGUUUGAGUGCCUCAACUGUGCGUGAGCUAGCAACACUGAGCAAUACGCAGAAGAUUAGUCAUAGUACAGGUUCCAUGGCAGGUGCUUCAAUUCUCCGUGUUCUACAAGUGCUUAGCUCACUAACUUCCCCUAUUGAUAAUAGCAACGUGGGAACCGAAAAGGAAACAGAGCAAGAGGAACAGAACAUCAUGCAGAGACUAAACGUGGCAUUGGAGCCCCUUUGGCAAGAACUUAGCCAGUGCAUCAGCAUGAAUGAGUUGCAGCUGGAUCAUACUGCCGCUACAACAACCGUUUCCAAUGCAAACUCCGGUGAUCAUGUCCUAGGGGUCUCUCCUCCGUCCUCUCUUUCUCCAGGAACUCAAAGGCUCUUACCUCUUAUUGAGGCUUUCUUUGUUCUCUGUGAGAAAAUUCAAACUCCGUCAAUAUUACAGCAGGAUCAUGGGAAUGUGACAGCGGGAGAAGUAAAGGAGUCUUCUCACAGUUCAUCAUCUAAAACCAGUGCAGAGUCUCAGAAAAAAACUGAUGGCUCUUUUACCUUUUCAAAGUUUGCGGAGAAGCAUAGGCGACUGUUGAAUUCGUUUGUUAGGCAAAAUCCAAGUUUACUGGAGAAGUCCCUUUCAGUGAUGCUCAAGGCACCAAGGCUGAUUGAUUUUGAUAACAAGAAAGUCUACUUCAGAUCAAGGAUAAGACACCAGCAUGAUCAACACAUUUCUGGGCCAUUGCGGAUUAGCGUCCGCCGAGCUUAUUUGUUGGAAGAUUCAUACAACCAGUUACGCAUGCGCUCCCCACAGGAUCUGAAAGGACGUCUGAAUGUGCAGUUUCAAGGUGAGGAAGGUAUUGAUGCUGGUGGUCUUACAAGAGAAUGGUAUCAGUUACUGUCAAGAGUUAUAUUUGACAAAGGAGCGUUGCUUUUCACCACCGUUGGAAAUGAUGCCACCUUCCAGCCUAAUCCCAAUUCUGUUUACCAAACCGAGCAUCUGUCAUACUUCAAAUUUGUUGGUCGCAUGGUGGCGAAGGCGUUGUUUGAUGGGCAGCUUUUGGAUGUUUAUUUCACUCGUUCCUUUUAUAAACACAUACUCGGUGUGAAGGUGACUUAUCAUGACAUCGAGGCCGUGGAUCCUGAUUACUACAAGAAUUUGAAGUGGCUGUUAGAGAAUGAUGUGAAUGACAUACUCGAUCUCACAUUUAGUAUGGACGCAGAUGAGGAAAAACACAUUCUUUACGAAAAGACUGAGGUGACGGACUAUGAGCUUAAACCUGGAGGACGAAACAUACGGGUGACAGAAGAUACAAAACAUGAAUAUGUCGACCUUGUGGCCGGACAUAUACUUACCAAUGCGAUUCGGCCUCAAAUCAACGCCUUCCUUGAAGGCUUUAAUGAGUUGAUACCUCGUGAGCUCGUAUCCAUUUUUAAUGAUAAAGAGCUCGAGCUCCUCAUCAGUGGAUUGCCUGAGAUUGAUUUCGAUGAUCUUAAAGCCAAUACGGAGUAUACCAGCUAUGCGGCAGGAUCCCCUGUUAUUCAUUGGUUCUGGGAGGUCGUUAAAGCUUUUAGCAAAGAAGACAUGGCUAGAUUUCUUCAGUUUGUCACCGGAACAUCAAAGGUUCCUUUAGAAGGUUUCAAGGCAUUGCAAGGUAUAUCUGGCCCUCAAAGAUUACAAAUCCACAAAGCAUAUGGAGGUCCAGAGCGGCUGCCAUCAGCUCAUACAUGUUUUAACCAACUAGACCUCCCUGAGUAUCCAUCUAAGGAGCAGCUUCAGGAACGCCUGCUACUUGCCAUUCACGAAGCCAGUGAAGGUUUCGGGUUUGCUUGAACAAAGCUUCUUGAAACAGGUCACCUUCAGAACCAGUGACGACUUCUCUGUUAUAUACAAGCAAAUUUCAUUGGUUCCAUGGCAGAUCUUCUAAGAUUUGCAGGCAGCUUGGAUAAAGAUAGAAAACUGGAGAGGCUACUUUUAUCUGUCCAUAUAUGUUAGACUAUUAGGAUUUCUCUCUUCUUCUUUAGAUUUUGUAAAGCAAAAAUCUUUAAAAAUAGAAGAAUUGAUGUUGCAAACUUCCCAAACACUAUUUAGUACUUGCAAUCCUGAUGCCCAUUGUAUCAAUACAUUGGUUUUUAUCUUCCACUA